CGGAAAUUGCUAUGGCGGAACCUGUACGGAAAAAUUCUCACGAUGUCUGGAAAAAGCUUGCAACGGCCGUGAAAGAGUCAGAGUUUGUUCAACAGGAGUCAAUUUAUGCUAAGCACGAGCUUUUGGUCAACGAAAUUGAAACAACUGAUGUUUCUUUGUCCACCACUUUAAGUAUAUAGGUAGAUCAUGGCAGAACAGAAAAAUGAAGAGUGUAGAAGUGGAUAUUAUGAACAGGAGGGUUUGGUUUUGGAGCUUGAGUCAGGCAAUCCUGGUAGUUUGAGCUAUGUUCUGAGAGCUGUAUAUGAUGGAGAGGAGCAUAAGGUGUUCAUGGAGCACUUGGAUGCUCGCCUCAAGCACCAUGACAAGGAGAUUGAACGCAUGUGUAACUACCACUACCAGGGCUUUAUUGAUUCCAUAAGGGAGCUGCUCCAAGUCAGAAAUGAAGCACAGAAUCUCAAGAGUGAAAUUGAAGCUACAAAUGAAGAACUCCAGAAAUCCAGUCAGAUUCUAAUGAAGAAAGGCAGUGAGCUGGUGACCAGUAGAAAAAUACAAAGAAAUAUAAUGGCAGCAGUGGAACAUUUAGAGCUGUGUUUGCCAGUUCUUGAAAAAUUUGGAAAGCUUAGAGAACAAAUGAAUGAUAAGCGGUACUACCCAGCUCUCAAAACACUGGAACAACUGGAGCAUGUGUACCUUCCACGUGUUAGUCGAUAUAGGUUCUCACAGAUGAUGAGUGAGACCAUUCCCAAGCUUCGUGAAGAGAUUAAAGAAGCUUCCAUGUCUGAUCUUAAAGAUUUCCUUGAAAACAUCAGGAAACAUUCACCUAAGAUUGGUCAAGUUGCUAUGAGACACGCAGCAGAAUUGAAUAACAUUGAUUCUGGACCGUCAGCACAACAGCCACCAAAAGUUAUCAAAAAGAAAAAGAAAAGACGAGCACCAAAACCUCCUAACCCAUUCACGGGAGAAGUUGAAGAGGAAGAUGCAGUAGAAGAUAAUGAUGAGGAAGAUGAUGCAAAUCCAUUCUUACAGCCAACAGAGUCAGAGGAAGGAGAAGAACUCAGUGCUCAAGACUUAGUGGACUUUUCUCCAGUUUACAGAUGUUUCCAUAUCUAUACUGUUUUGGGUGCCAGAGAAACAUUUGUAGAUUACUACCGCAGACAGCGAAGAAAGCAAGCAAGAUUGGCUUUGCAGCCUCCUACCAACAUGCAUGCCUCUGUAGAACAUUAUAGGGUUUACUUCCAAGAAGUAGUAGGGUUUUUAGUUGUUGAGGACCACAUUUUAAAUACUACAUCUGGCCUUGUGGACAGAGGCUACAUGGACGAGCUGUGGGACAUGUGUAUUUCAAAGAUUGUUGCUGUGUUAAGGACUCACACAGCCUAUUGCACAGAUGCCACACUUCUUUUACAAAUAAAAAAUGUGAUCAUUUUAUUUAGUCAUACAUUGAAGAGUUAUGGUUUUACAGCAGGAAAACUUUAUGAUUUAUUGGUAGAAGUCAGGGAUCAGUACAAUGAGAUUAUCAUGCAGAAAUGGAUCCAAGUGUUCCAGGAGAUUUUUGCCCAGGAUAACUAUACCGCUAUUUCUGUGCAGACACAGGAAGAGUACCUGGAUGUCACCUCUAAGUACCCAUACAAAGAUGAGGAGUUUGAGAAGAGCCCCUUUCCAAAAACAUUUCCUUUCUCUCAGUUUGUGCCAAAGAUUUACAUUCAAGUGAAAGAGUACAUCUAUGCUUGUCUGAAAUUCUCAGAAGAUCUGCAUCUCAGUCAUUCUGAGGUGAAUGACAUGAUCAGGAAGUCUGCCAAUAUUCUCCUGACUAGAACACUAGGGGGAUGCUUGUCAGAACUGAUACGAAGACCAGAGCUAACACUGCUCCAGUUGAUCCAAAUCUCCAUCAACAUGAAUUACUUAGAACAGUCCUGCGAGUAUCUAGAACAAUUCAUCUCCAACAUCACUGGUGCUGAUAGGGAAAGUGUGCAUGUGACCAAACUCCAUGGAACAGCCAUGUUUAAGGAUGCACGGAGUGAAGCUGAAGAUCAAAUCUAUUAUAAACUGAAUAAGAAAAUAGAUGACAUAUUGGAGUUAGCUUCAUAUGAGUGGACCCUUCCAGAGCCUAAGGGACAUGCCAGUGGAUAUCUAGUGGAUCUCAUUGCCUUCUUGCAGAGCACAUUUAUGUCCUUUACUAACUUGCCAGAUAUGGUUACCAAGACAAAGUCCACAUUUAUCAAUGUUAGACAUAUGGAUAAGGUUGCCAGAACGGCCCUGAUGUCGGCAUGCAAGCACCUAGCUCAGAGGAUGAUGGACUUCUUGCUGGAUAAUGAGGUCAAGGCCAUCUCACUAGGAGCUCUCCACCAGCUUAACCUGGAUCUUAUGCAGUGUGAACAAUUUGCCAACUCGGAGCCAGUUCCAGGCUGCAAUGAUGGAACAUUACAACUUGCUUUUAUUGAUUUGAGACAACUCUUGGACCUGUUUACUACAGAGGACUGGUCAGCUUAUCUUGCUGACUUUGGUAAACUUGACUGUAAAUAUCUGAGGGUUCCUGGUCAGAGGGCAAUAACACUGCUGGAAAAGGUCAAUACUGCAGACAGAAAAAAGAUAUUUACUUUUAAGAAGAACGAGAGAGACAAGAAGAAACUCAUUGAAACUGUUCUAAGGCAGUUAAGGCAACUUGUGAAUGAAUCACAGCAUCAGAAUUGACAUCAAGAAAAAUAUGACUUAUUUGUAUGUAGCAGUGUAAGGAUGAAGUCAGUUAACUGACAGUGUCUGCCAAACUAAGGUUGUUGGUUUAGAUAAAGGCUGCAGGUAGUAGCUGACAUAAUUGAGAUUCUUGAGUAUCAUGUAUUUGGCAUUAUUUUGGUUGUUACGACGCUUCACUGUUGUCAUACUGCAACACUGUGGUUACCUGUCACGGCAGCAAGAAGGACUUAUAUCUAAGAAAAUAACGUCUUGCCUACAUGAUAAUUUCAUUGGCAUAGUUUUCAAGAAUGUCCAAAUGCUGAGAUAACACAGUUAUUUAUAGUGUGUCUGGGGUUCAAUUUUUAUUCUCCCUGAAUAGCUAAGCAAGAUUUGCUGAUGUAAUUGUCAAAGCUGCUUUGUUAUUUUCAGGUAUGUACUGUCAAGUGUGAAAGAGCCAUGCCAUCAACUUUAUGUGCUAUACAUUUUAUCAGAAAUUUUAUACAUAACACAGCAUAAUGUGUGAAUAUCGUCUUCAUAUACAUGAUUAUGAAGAAAUUGAAAUUAUUUAAAGUUACUGCUAAUCAUUAGCAUUGGUAUGUCCGGUUGCACCUACAUUAAAGUGGAAAAAUUGCCUAUGUUAAAGUGGUAAAUUUUGAAUUCUAAGUACAGGUAAAUAGGCUGCACUCCAUUUGCUUUGUCUGAAUGCUAUUCUGUGUACUGUCUUCACCAGUUAACAUAAUUGUGGUGCUAUACUCGGGUGAAAAUGGGCUUGAAAUUAUAAUUUUGUGCAAUAGAUAUACAGGUUCUGGUUCUAAAGAAAGCUAAAGGAAAUAAGAUCAUUGCUUUUUGCCAUUCAGUCGGAAAUUAUAGUAAUGUAUAAAUAGAGCAUGUCAUAUCACCAAUUGCUCAAUUAUUUAACUAAUUACAUUUACUUUAGUUUGACAAUUCAUUUUGUACAUAAAAACGAUAUACAGGUUCUCGUUCUAAAGAAAGCUAAAAGAGGUAAAAUAUUUGCUUUUAUACCAUUCAGUCAGCAGGUAUAGUAGAUCUAUGUAAAAAUAGAGCAUGUCAUAUCACUAAUUGCUCAAUUAUUUAACCAGCUACAUUUACUUUAGCAUAACAAUUUAUUUUGUACAUAAUAAACAAAACAGCAUGAUUAAAAUUAAUUUUACUUUAUUUUCAUUUGCCUCGUGAUGGUGGAUUCCAAAAAUUUAUGACGGGACUUGUAACAUGUUAAUAUGCAUCUCAGUAAAAACUAGAAAAGUACAAAAUGCACAAACCUCCAUCAAGGGGCCUCAAUUCUCAUUGUUAUUAAUUUCAUAAUGAAUCACCACUGAAAUUUGAUAACUUUCUAGUGAGCCCAUUUCUGACCUUUCUGGAAAUUCUUUAUCAAAAUUAGUUCAUGAACUCGAGUUUGGCUGUUAACUAACAAAUCAACAAAGGCAAAAAUGUAACCUCCAUGACAGAUGAUAUAAAUUCCUUGAAUAAGGUAGCUUACAGUGUGUCAACCUGUUGGCUUGUUAAAUAACACUGACACUUUUUGAUAAAAACAUUUGUGGAUGACACUGCAAAGAUGGCAUUUGAGUGGAUAAAGGUGUUCAAGACACUGAGCUGGCAUUGUGUUGUCACUUGGCACAGAUUAUUGCCUUGACAUUUGACUUACGUAGCUAAUGACAUUUCUACAGUAAAAUUACCAUUGUAUUGAAGACAGUACAAAGAAUCUGCUGAACAUAGCUGAGUAAGGAGCAAAGUAGAUAUUUGAAGUAUGAGACCGAACCUAAGAAAAUAUCAAGAUGCACAAGUUAUUUUUAAAGUACUUAAAGCACCAUUAAACAUCAAAUAAACUGAAAACUUUCAAGCUAAAAGUAUUAGAGUGAUACAAAACCACUAUCCCCAGUAUCAAUUGUUUUUAUGUUUAGCAUAACUUUAAGAAAACCAAGCAACCCCUGUAUGCUGUUUGCUACCUUCAUUUAUGUUAAUGUAAUGAUUUUGAUAUGUGCAGUGAAUUAAAAGACCUUACAAUACAGUGCAAUUUUGCUCCCAAAAAUGUGGAUUAUAGGCUCUUCAUA